AUGCAGUCAAGAUCUAGAUGGCAGUCUGCGUUCAUACUAACCGGGCUACUUGUUGCAGAAACGGUACAUUCAGCCCCAACAUCUACGCAGGAAGCGACCACUUCCUUCAAAACCCAGUAUCCUCCUUCUGCUGCGAACGCCAGGUUACUGGUGGCUGAGACGCAAGGUUACUACCCAACCAUCCUUGAACGAGAAGGCCAUCAAUUACAGAAGCCUACUCCUGACCCAAAGGAGGACCCCUAUAGAUUCGGCGGUUUUCUCAACAACGUAUAUAACCCUGUCUCGUUGUUAGACGAUCUACUUCCCGGCAUAUUACCAGCUACUUCAGAAAAGCCGGCUACGUCUCCAGUAGCUACGCCUGCACCAUCUGCCCCAUUACAUUCGCAGGAAACAAUAAACGGGCCUGCGGAGACCACUCCAUCGCCUACCACCGCUCCAAAUUCCAUCUCAGUUCCCGUAUCUACGAGUUCGAGUAGUACAAGUAGCGUCGUGAGUCAGCCAGCUAAGACUCAAGAUACUUCUACGCCCAUUGAGCCAAGUCCAUCAACCAGCACAAGCAUGCCGACAAUGGUCAACGGUCAAGAUGUGUUUGUGCCAGUAUCUACCGGCCCGAUUCCCGGAACCGUGAAGUCCCGGAAUGACCACCCAGUUCCUAGGGCGUCCAUAAUGAACAACACGGACCCGAUUGAAACAAAUAAGUUCUAUGCUGGAUUGUUCCUAGGGACUCAAACCAAUACAACCUUCACCCAUCCAUAUGGGAUUGCGUGGGCAAAGGGGAACGGAAAUGCGAAAAGCUACGGCAUAGCUAUCUCACAUAUUGAGGUAGACAAGCUUGCUUUGGGGCCAAAGAAUGACAAGAUACCAGGCAGCCCAGUUCAGUACUAUGUGAACCCUAUUGGUAUCCAGUCGAUUAUAUUAUCGGCAACGGAAUUAAAGGACUCUACCGUGCUUAUGACAGAGAACCCGCUGCCAUUCUCGGCGAACGCUGUCUUGCAACCCCAAAGUGGAUCCUCCGAAAGGAUCACCUUUCCCGUGGUACAGGGCAUGGGGUUUGUCACCGGGAUAUAUUCAAACCUUCAGCCCGUCAUUCAGAGCAGCGUUUUCUUCAGCAAAGUGGUCUCUGCUGGCUCUCCACGGGCUGGUAUUUUCAAAUAUACCGUGGACCUUGCAGAUGGGACCCAGUGGCUUCUUUACCUAACCCCAGAUGAUGGUAAAGAUCCCAAUCUCCAUCUGGAGUCCACUACCAACCUGCGUGGGCCUCCUGGUUGGUCAGGAACAGUGCAGGUGGCCAAGAACCCAUCAGGUACCUUGGGAGAGAAACUAUUCGACAAUUCGUCUGGUGUCUAUGCCACACAAGGUUGGGUGAAAGGUGCUGUAUCUGGUGAGACGGGCACAUACAGCCUCACCUGGGGGAAGGAGGGCAAAGAUAAAGGCGGCACCCCAUUGAUGAUGUAUGCUCUGCCACACCACGUGGAAUCAUUUGACAAAACUACCCAUGACCGCCUGACUAAUAUUACGAUGCGCACGACCACGAAGGGCAAUGCAACCGCGGUGAUCGGAGAAUCUUGGUCAAUGGUGGAACAGAACCUACCUGUUGGUAUGGGACUCGCACCGUGGUCUGUGUCCGCAGGCAGCGUCGACACAAUUUCUCCGGCGGCCCAAAAAGUCAUCAUAGAUGUGGCACCAACAGAGCUCCAGCAGGACGUCGGCAAUCAGUCCAACUUGAAUAGCAUGUACUUCAGCGGUAAAGCUCUCAGCAAAUUCGCUACGCUCGUAUACGCCGUGGACAAAUUGGGUGGCAAGCCCGACCUUGCAGCCCCUGCUCUGAAGGACUUGAAGACGGCCUUCGCUCGGUUUAUUGAUAACAAGCAGCAGUUUCCCCUGGUGUACGACAAUGUAUGGAAGGGAGUAGUGUCUUCUGCUAGUUAUGACGGUGGUGAUUCUGGUGCGGAUUUUGGAAACACAUAUUACAAUGACCACCAUUUUCACUACGGCUAUUUCAUCCAUGCCGCUGCAAUUAUUGGGUCCCUUGAUCCAUCUUGGAUCCAAGGCAACAAAGAUUGGGUCAAUAUGCUUGUCCGUGAUGCAGGGAAUGCCGCUACCAAUGAUCCCCUUUUCCCCUUUUCUCGUGGAUUCGACUGGUUCCAUGGUCAUUCAUGGGCUAAAGGGCUUUUUGAAUCAUUCGACGGGAAAGACGAAGAGUCGACAUCGGAAGAUGCGAUGUUUGCUUAUGCUCUAAAAAUGUGGGGUAAGACCAUUGGGGAUGCCAGUAUGGAAGCAAGAGGGAACUUGAUGCUAGGGAUUUUGAGACGGAGCCUCCAUAAUUAUUUCCUCAUGGAGGCCGACAACAAGAAUCAACCCCCGGUGUUUGUUCCGAAUAAAGUGACGGGCAUAUUAUUCGAAAACAAGGUGGACCACACUACCUACUUUGGAGCCAACCUAGAAUAUAUUCACGGGAUUCACAUGCUGCCGCUCUUACCAGCCUCGCCAUACGUGCGCAGCCAAAAGUUUGUCAAGGAAGAGUGGGAUGCCCUUUUUGCAACCAAUGCUGCAGCUCCGGCAGAACAUGUACAAGCUGGAUGGAAAGGGGUCUUGUAUGCAAACCUUGCCCUUAUCGACCCAGUUUCAUCCUGGAAUUUCUUCGCGCAACCGAACUUUGACUAUAGUGUGAUCGAUGGGGGAGCAACACGGACUUGGUACCUUGCGCUUGCUGCAGGACUCGGCGGCGCCUAG